UUAAGUGACAUUUACUUUGUGGAUUAACGUUUUAUAUUUGGAACCUGUUUAAUACUUAAAUAAAGGAAAAGUGAAAGUUUUCAAAAAAAAAUCAAUGAAAAAUAAAUUUAAAUUUUUCUUAUGGAUGUUUGUGGUCCUUCUGUGUCGGGAAGUGAAAAGUGACGAUGAUAACCUAAUUAUUGAAAGCACAGAAUUACCUGGUGCAGCUGAUAUGCCAACACUUGCAAAUGGACACAUUGGAUUUGUGAUAUAUGGGGAUUCGAUAUUAAUGAAUGGAUUGUAUAAUGGAGUACGUGGAGAAUCACAUCGUGCAAGGAUACCAAAUUUUUCAAAUCUUGUCCCUAAUAUUGAAUGCAAUGAAAACUGUCUUUAUCAACUUAACAUGAAAAAUGGAUAUUUUCAAAACACCAUUAAUGAAAGCAAUUUUAAUGUUGUCCAACAAUUAUAUGCUCAUAGAUUUUAUAAUCGAGCUGUUAUUAAUUCCUUUACGAUCGAACGAACAGUACAAGGAGGAAAUAUUUCGGUUGGAUUGGAAAUUAAUCAAGGAGAUGAGACAAGCGUUGAUUUAGAAUUAGUUCAUUCGAGAGAUGUUUUGGAUCUAAAACUACGAAUUAACUGUUAUGCUACAAAAUCGAUUGAAGAUCCUCGUUACCAAACAUCACCAUCAAAGGUUUGCAUUGGGUUCACUAUUCCACCAGAAAAUUUGUUCCUUAACGAGAAUGAAAAUACUUUCACUUACCAUCACAUUACUGCUGUAGCAAAAACUGAAGAAGAAGUUGUUAAAGAAUUAGAGGACAUUAUUCAAGCUACCGAUAUUUUUGAAAAACAUUCAUCAAUUUGGGAAGAACAUUGGGCACGUUUCGGAAUAUUUAUUGAAGGAAAUAGUAAAGUCAAUGAAAUCAUUCAUUCCAGUAUGUUUUAUUUGAUUAGCAAUUUACCAUCGGAACAGACGAAUCAACCGAAAGACCCUUAUUAUGGUUUAAGUCCUGGUGGUUUACCAAAAGGAGGUCAGGUUUAUAUGGAAUAUCAAGGGCAUUCAUUUUGGGAUACUGAAAUAUGGAUGCAUCCUCCAAUUCUAUUGUUAAAUCCAAAAUGGAGCGAAGAAAUAUUAAGCUAUCGAUAUAACGUGAAAAAAGCAGCAGCAGAUAAUGCAUUGAACACGAAUUAUAAAGGCUAUAGAUAUCCAUGGGAAUCUGGUUUUACAGGAUGUGAAGUUACACCUGAUUGCUGCCCAGAAGUCGUUGAGUUUCAACAUCAUAUUAUUGCAGAUAUUGCCUUUGCAUAUAGAUCUCAUUUAGCUGCAACCCAUGAUGAAGAAUGGUGGAAUAAUUUCGGUUGUGACAUUGCUUAUAAUACUGCCAAAUUUUGGGAGUCGAGAGUAAAGUAUAAUGACAGCACAGAGAAUUAUGAUAUCCGAAAUGUUAUGGGACCUGAUGAAGACCAUCACGAUAUUGAUAAUAAUGGGUACACAAAUGUGAUUGCAGCAUUUAAUCUCUAUUUUGGAGACUUUGCUGGUUGUCAUUGUAAGAAUGUUUUGAACAUUUCCGAUAAUGAUUAUAAAAGGUUUGAGAAAAUUGCUAAAAGUUUAACACUUUUGUAUGACAAAGAAAAUGAUCGUCAUCCUCAAUAUGAAGGGUAUGCUGGUGAAAACAUAAAGCAAGCUGAUACUGUAAUGUUAGGUUAUCCGUUGCAAUUGCCAAUGAACGCAUCUACAAAACGAAAUGACUUGGAAUAUUAUGACAAUAAGACAAGAGAAAAUGGACCAGCAAUGACAUGGGCAAUCCAUACGAUCGGAUUUCUCGAUCUUGAAGAUCAGAAUACAGCUGCAAAAUAUUUUGAACGAAGCUAUUCUCUGUAUACAAGAGCACCAUUUAACGCGUGGAGUGAAGCAAUUCCUGAUCAACCAGCUGCUGGAAAUUUCAUUACUGGUGCCGGUGGAUUUUUGCAAUCUGUUAUUAAUGGAUAUGCAGGAAUACGCUUGAACUUUGAUAACUUGGUCAUUACAAAAUCGUAUUUACCAGCUAAUAGCUCAAAACUUACAUUAAAUGGAAUUGUAUAUUUGGGAAAUGUCUUUCGCUUGGAAAUUAUAGCUGGCUUUAAAACUCUUACUUUGAUAACGAAUGGAGAAGAAGAUGUUCAAGUUUUUGUCGAUGGAAUUGAACAAGAAAAUUUAACUACCUAUAAAGAUAUACCUUUGCUUAUUCCUGCUGACUCUGCGAUAACACUAAAGCCUCUUAAAAAAUUCGGUGAGUCUAAAGGAUGUGAAAUGAAAGAGACGGUCACUGGAAAAAAGAUUAGUGAUGAACCUGUGGAAUUUGUCGAUGAUGAAUGGAUUUUAGGUUCUAAUUAUUUACCAGAUGUGUAUGAAGUACCAACAUUAAGCAAUGGACACAUUGGUUUUGUUAUUUAUGGAGACUCAAUCUUCAUGAAUGGAUUAUACAAUGGGCAAAAUGGAAAUUCUCAUCGUGCAAGGAUACCCAAUUAUGGAAAUAUUGAAACUGAUUUAGAAUGUUUAGAGAAUAAUUGUGCAUACCAGCUUAACUUGAAACAGGGUUAUUUUGAGAGAAUUGCCUAUAAAGGAAGAAGUUUUAAAAUUUCUCAGCAGAUGUAUGCACAUCGAUAUUACAAUCGAAUCAUUGUCAACAGAUUUGUCUUGGAACAACUUGAUGGAACGCUUGAAUAUUCUGUACAGUUACGAUUAAAUCCUGGAAAUGAGACUAGCGUUGACAUUGUCAAAUAUGAUGAGUCCAAAUAUUCUACUGAGAACGGAGAAGUUACAGUCAGGUGCUAUAUGACACGAACAAUAGAAGAUAAUAGAUAUCAAUCAGAUCUAACAACAGUUUGUGUUGCUUACACAACUGUCCCAAUCCAGUUGACGGUAAGUUUGGGACAACAAAGUGCAGAAUAUGUCCAUUUUACUGCCAUUGGAUCGACAGAAGCAGAAGUCAAAAAAGAAUUGGCGGAUGUUAUGGCACAAUCAUAUUCAGCAAUCUUUGAUAAGCACAAAUCAAUAUGGGAAAAGCACAUGAACAGUUAUGAAAUGACUGUUGAGGAUAACAAGGAAUUAAAUCAAAUCAUGCACUCUAGUUUGUCAUUCCCAAGUGAGGAUAUUUUAAGCUAUAGAUAUAAUGUAAGGAAAGCAGCUGAAGAUCAUGCAACGAAUACAACUUACAAAGGAUAUAGAUAUCCAUGGGAAUCAGGCUUUACUGGUCGUGAAGUGACGCCUUUAUUUGCAUGGGAAGUUAUAGAGUUCCAACAUCACAUAUCUGCAGAUAUUGCAUUCGCUUAUAGAUCACAUUUGGCAGCAACUCAUAAUUUAGACUGGUGGAAAAAGUAUGGAUGUGAUAUUGCUUAUAACACAGCCAAGUUUUGGGAAUCUAGAGUACAAUUUAACGAGUCAACAAAAUUCUAUGACAUCAAAAAUAUUAUGGGACCUGAUGAAGAUCAUUACAAUGUAACAAAUAAUGUGUAUACGAAUGUCAUUGCUGCUAUCAAUUUAUAUUUCGGUGAUUUUGCUGCUUGUUCAUGCAAAGAAGAACUGAAGGAUUUGGAUGCAGACAAUUUUGCUAAAAUUGCAAAAUCAUUAAAAAUGGUAUAUGAUGAAGAAAACGACUUUCAUCCCCAAUUUGAAGGGUAUGAAGGUGCUGAAAUUAAACAAGCUGAUGUCGUCUUGAUAGGAUAUCCAUUACAAUUGCCAAUGAAUAGUACCACGAAGCAUAAUAAUCUUCAUAUGUAUGACAACGUUACUCGUGACACAGGACCUGCUAUGACUUGGUCAAUGCAUACAAUCGGUUUCUUAGAUAUUCAGGAUGAACAAAAUGCAGCAAGAACAUUUAGAAAGAGUUACAGUGUCUACAAUCAUGAACCUUUUAAGACAUGGAGUGAAAAUCAACCAGGCGUAGAAGGAAGUGGCAAUUUCAUCACAGGUGUUGGAGGAUUCUUACAGUCAGUUAUGAACGGUUAUGGUGGAAUAAGAUUACAUUUUGAUCAUCUUUCAAUUACUAACUUCUAUAAUCCACCGAGCACAAACGGAUUAAUUUUGAAAGGCAUAACCUACCUAAAUAAUCGUUUUAAUUUAGAAAUUAAAAACGAUGUAGCCACUGUGUUUUUUACAGACGUUAAUAAAGAUCACCCAAUUAAGAUUACUUUAAGUCCCUCAAAUGAGGAAUAUGAAGCAAAAGUUGACUCACCUAUUACAUUUAAUAGAGUAGAGGAACUAAUUAUCAAACCAGAAAAUAAUACUUUUGGCUCUUGUGAAUUAAAGGAAACUGUUUUAAACGUUCCUGCCAGUGCCGCAAUCUUUAAAACAAAUAUUUUCAUUGGCUUAAUUGCAUUAAUUGUUAUAUUAAUGAAAUAA